AUGGGUUCAAACAGAGCCUCUCUGACCAUACGCUCUUCACAAAAAGAAGGGAAGAUAAGGGAUAGAGGUGUUGAGAUCAUGACAUGGAAUAUUCCUGAGGCAGAGGAAAUAUUAGGAGUUGUCAGUCAGUUCAUGCACCAACCACAAGAAGAACAUAUGCAUACAGCGUUAAGGAUUGUGAGGUACGUGAAAGGCAUAACGAACAAUGGAGUUUUCUUAAAAAAAGGAGAACAUCUCGAAGUUGACGGCUACACAGAUGCUGAUUGGGCUAGCAAUCCAAUCGAUAGAUUGUCAACUGGUGGAUACUUCACAUUCGUAGGGGGCAACCUAGUUACUUGGAGAAGCAAGAAACAAAAGGUUGUAGCUCUAUCAAGUGCUGAGCAGAAUUCAGAGGCAUCAAGAGUAGGCUCAUGGAGAUCAUGUGGCUAA